AUGUCCCAGCACAUCGAGAUGAAGCCCCUCGGCCCCGGCCCCGGCCCCGGCACCAGCCACGGGGGCAGCUUUCCGCCCCCGCCGCGCCGCGAUGCCCCGCUCAGCAGGGGAUACCGCGAGGCCGAGGAGCGCGCGCGCGCGCAAGCCAGUCCGGCGGAGGGCGCGAUGGACGCGACGAGCUACUAUGGUCUUGCGGCGGCGAGCUGGUACACCCUCCUUUCCCUCCCACUCCUCCUCUUCCCGCGCCUUGUGCUCUUCUUCGCAGCCGAGGACCGCGCGACCCGCCUCUCGCACUCGUCGAUGGGCAUGGUCGUGCCCGGCGUCGACCGCGGCAGCAUCAGCAGCUUCGAGCGCCCCGCGCGCCUCACGAACCUCGAAGCCCUCGCGCUGCGCUGCAUGGGCGUGGGGCUGCUCGCACUCGCCGCCAUCACCGUGUUCGUCGUCGUGCCCGCGUACAAGCCGCACGCGCCCGGCCGCAAGGCCGUGACGACCGUCCUCGCGCUGCUGGGCUGCGUCACCGCCGCUGUCGCGUACAAUGCGCCACUCGGCGCGCUUGCUGUCGUCACGGGCGUCGGGAACGGGAUCGUCGGCGCGUGGGGGUGGUAUGCGAUCAUGUUUGGCGAAGACGAGUACAGGUUCGGCAAGUAUCUCAAGGACGAUAGCAGGCUCAAGAAGCUCUAG